AUGACAACAUCUACAGUUAAUCAUAAUACAACUCUUACUGUACCUCAACUUGUCCAAUUUUGUAUCACAUUUUUUGAUGGUGACGAAGAUGUAGGAAAGGAUUCUUUUCCAUGGGCAUUAUUUCACGUUCAUGAAUGGUUUGUUGACAGUUGUGAGUUGAUGGCACAUUUCAUAUCAAUUUUUCUUGAUGCAGUAAACGAUAAUGUUACCCGUUUACGAAUAUGUCGAGCAGUUGGAUAUUGGAUCCGAAUAUGUCCAACACAUUUUGAUGCAUCUUUAUGUAAGCUUGUUGAGCGCCUUAAAUUGCUAGCUAUUUCAGGAAAUAUCCCAAAUUCUGCUACACUUCUUGACCUCUCAUCAUUAUCUUCUCAUUCGUGGCUUCGAAAUGCCUCUGUUCGAAAUCCUGUCAAUCGACGAUGUUCGUUAUCAUUUAAUCACUGGAAUCCGGAAGAGAUUGCUGUAUCAUUGAGUCAUAUUGAUUAUAAAGCAUUAUUUAGGAUUCCAAUCAGUGAAUUGAAGCAGUAUUGUAUGGAUGGCAAUCUUUCACAUACACCUUUCUUAGAAAGAUCUAUUUCAAUUUUCAAUAGUUUAUCAAACUGGGUACAAUGUAUGAUAUUAAGUAAGGAAACACCUGUUGAACGUGCUGAAAUGAUUACCAAAUUCAUUCAUGUGGCAAAGUGCCUCAGACGAAUGAAUAAUUUCAAUACAUUAGUAGCUGUCAUUGGUGGUGUAACACAUAGUAACAUUGCUAGAUUAUCAAAAACGUCAUCUGCAUUAUCAAGUGAAUUGAGAAAGGAGCUUAAUCAUUUCACACAACUUCUUUCUUCAACAUCAAAUUUUGCUUGUUAUCGUAAAGCAUUGAAUGAGAGUUCAGGAUCAUUUUGUAUUCCAAUCAUGGGUGUACAUUUGAAAGAUCUGAUAAGUUUUCUAUAUCAAGAAUCAUCAGGAUAUUAUCGAUCUGUAUCACGUCGAAAAAUUCCAUGUUUAGCUGCUCAUUUAUCAUAUUUUAUCAAUUUUAAUCGUGCUCCUCAUAAUUUUCCCAAUGCUAACAAUGAUCUCAUUGAUACGCUUAAGGUUUCAUUGGAUAUCAAAUAUAACGAAGAUGAUAUUUAUCGUCUUUCCCUAAAACACGAACCUCGUACACUUCUUAGCUUUCAAAGUACAACAAAAUCGGUAUUAUUUGCGGAUUGGGCAUCAGGCGUAAGUAGUACGUUGGAUGCAGAAAUUGUUAACAAACAUAUUAACGCAAUGGUAGAAGCUGUAUUUAAAAAUUAUGAUCACAACAAGGAUGGUUGUAUUUCUCAGAGUGAAUUUCAACAAAUUUCAACUAAUUUCCCAUUUAUUGCAUCAUUUGGAGUAAUCGAUACUGAUAAGGAUGGUGUCAUCAGUAAAUGUGAAAUGAGCGCAUAUUUUAUUCAAAUUUGCAAACAAUCGAUAGAUUUUCGUCGUGAAUUUCAGCAUAAUUUUUAUGAAACAAAUUUUUUAACACCUACAAUAUGUGCUCAUUGUGAUAAAUUAUUAUGGGGUAUAAUACGACAAGGCUUCAAAUGUCAUGAUUGUGGACUUGGUGUACAUCGAACUUGUAAAGGUAAUGUUGUUGUAGAAUGUCGUCGUAUAAAUACUGUAAUGGAAUCAACAAGAACAAGCCGAAAACUUUUACCUAGUAUUAGAUCAAUUUCUCGAUUACGAACUACCAGUGCAACAACAUUAGAACAUGAUCAAACAGUUGAUAAAGCAACAGAAUGUUUCGUAUCUUCAGCAUGCAGAAUGUUAUUACAUCUACGACCUCAUUCAAAAAAGAAUCGCACACAUUCUGAUGAUUCAGGCUGUUAUUAUCAAGUAACAAGUUUAUCAGAAUCACCAAAUACAGAUGUAGCAUCAUCAUUGGCAUGUGAAGAAGUAUUUGAGGAUGAAUCUUCUUCAUGCAAAUCACUUUCCGAAAUAAACGAUUCCAGUAAUAAUACAUUACGGUGA